UUGGACGCACACCAUUUUAGAGGAAAAAGCUCAUAAUCUGAAAACGGGCAGUUUGGAGAUUGUUGAGGUUGUAGAAGCAACAAAGUAUGGCUAUUUAUGCAGGACUAUGUGGGGUAUGAAGGUUCUGGUUACACAGUUUCAUGCUGGUGGAGUUGAACUGCCAGUAGGCACGAAGAUCGAGGGAGUUGUUUUGUAUGUUGAUGCUGUUAACAAGCGACUGGUGAUGAGUACAGACAGAGAUCUUGUUAGAGAUGUAUCACGUCGAAUUGAAAAACCAACCAUGGACAAGGCUCGCAAAGGCCAGACUGUCAAGGCUGAAGUUGUUUUUUUCACAGAUGAUUUGUACUGGUAGCUCUCAAGCAGCAUGCUGUGGGAAUGUUUGCAUACCUCCCAACAAAACAGCAUCUUAAUGAUGUGACAGCAAAAGCAGCAUUCAGUCUUGGAGAGCAAACCCGUGUUGUUAUUCUGCAGGAUGAUGGCAGAGAAGUAUUUGCAGAGUUGGAAAAACGUAUUCCUGCAGCAGUGUCUGAAAAAGGAAGUCUCACAAGCAGACACGACCUUCAGCUUGGUCAGAUUGUAACAGCCAUCAUACAUGAUCUUUACCCUGGACAGAUGAAUAUCAAGAUUGGUCGCAUUCCUGCUAGGGUUCACAUCACAGAAGUGGUGGAUGAAAUCAGAGAGGGGAGUUGUGUAUACCAGGGCUACAAGAAAGGGCAAGAAGUUAAAGUGAAGAUCAUUGGCUUCCGAAGUUUGAAGUCCCAAAAGUAUCUUCCAAUAUCACACCCCAAAUUCCAUACAGCAAUGCCUGAGUGCACAUUGAGACCAAGCAAAGUUGAUCAUGAGGGAUAUGUUGAAACGGAUCUGUCUUCACACAACCAGAAGCCGAAAAUUGGUGACAAAGUCCUUGUAUAUCCAAUUCAGUAUGAGCACAAUAAACUCUGGGUGAAUGUCAGUACCACACAAACAGGAAUCAUCUCUGUCUUCGAUUUAUCCGAUGAUCUUGGGGUUUUGCGACAACCAGAGAAACAUUUCCUGCCAUCACAUGGCUACACUGCUACUGUUGUGAGUGUAGAGGAUCAAGGCUUGCUUCAUCUUACAUUCACGGGGAGAAGAGAACAGGUGCUGGAGGGAAAAAAAGUCAAAGGAAAAGUGACAAGCAUAUCAGACAACCACAUUUAUUUACGUUUCCCAGAUGACUACAGAGGUCAAUUGCUGGCUACUGAUGCUAAGUUAAAGAAUGUGGAAGUGGGAAAGUUUUUGAAGGUUUACAUUGAGUCUUGCAAUGAGAAGGAAAAUUGCAGCUUGCAUCUGCAUAAACCUAAGAGUACUGGUGCUGAAGAUCAACCUCAACAAAAUAUUCAAAAAUUUCCAAAUGAGAAGCAGAAGAGAAAACUUUCAGUGACUGUACAGCAGAAGGGCAAUAAAACAUCGGAAGCAAAAGUAGAGAGGCUGAAUGUUCUGGAUACUUUUUCAUGGGAACCUGUCACAUCAGUGGAUUUACCCAGCAACAAUGAAGAGGAUAUCAGUGAUGAGGAACCAAAUAAAAAGAAGAAAAAGAUUUCCAGCCAAACAGCAGUUUCAUCAGAAUCUUCUGCUGAGCAGCCUGUGGAUUUUGACAAGCUGCUUUUAUCUCAGCCUGACAACUCCAUGCUUUGGAUCCAGUACAUGUCUAAAUACUUGAAUGAAGGAGAUGUGGAAAAAGCCAGAGGUGUGGCAGAGCAAGCCCUGAAAACUAUAUCAUUUAGGGAAGAGCAGGAAAAGCUGAAUAUUUGGAUUGCACUCCUCAACCUUGAGAAUCGCCAUGGCAGCAAGGAACAGGUUGCCAACACUCUUCAUCGUGCCUUGCAGGUCAAUGAUCAGUUAAGCUUGUAUCGACGUGUUGCUGCCAUGUUCACCACUGGGGGCCAGCUUGAGGAUGCUGAGCGGACUUACCAAACCAUGGUACGCAAAUUCAGGCAGAACAAGCAGGUCUGGGUGGAAUUCGCAUUGUUUUUCUUCAAGCAAGGGCGUGUGGAUGCUGCACGUAAAUUGCUGCAGAGAUCACUUCUCAGCUUGGAGAAGCGUGAUCAUGUGGAAACCAUUUCUAAAUUUGCUCAACUGGAAUACAAUCAUGGGAGUCCUGAGCGAGGUGCCACCAUGUUUGAGAAGAUAAUUGCUGAGUUUCCACGCCGCUCAGACAUUAUGUCUGUUUAUAUUGACAUGGUCACCAAGCAAGGGGACCUUCAAAAAGCAAGGGACCUUCUUGACAGAGGACUUGCUUCAAAAAGUGCACAGUUUUUCUUGAAGAAAUAUCUUCAGUUUGAAGAAAAAUAUGGGAAUGACGAAACACGUGCCAAAGUUCAGGCACUGAUAGAAAAGUCUUGUUAAAUGGUGGUGGAGAAAAUAGCACAUAGAUUGUGAUGUGUGUGUCUGAGAGAGAGAGAGAACAUGCUUAUAUAAAUGAAAGGAUGUAGAUCUAUAUGUGUGUGAUCUGAGUUAUGUAUGGUCAUGUAUGGAAAUGCAAGAGGAACAAGAGAACAGACCAAUUUAUGAUGUACUUUUAUACAUUUAUGUAAUCUGUCGAAACAAGGACAAAAGACUCAAGCCACGAAAUAAUGCAUGCUUGCUGUUUUAUAGUUAAACAUAUUGUUAUGCAUCACUUUCCCUCCAAAAUACCACCUGCAUUUCACAAAAGUAAUGCCUCUUUUGGGUACAGCAGUGAGAGUUUCGUGGUGAGAAAAUUAUUAUUUUUUUUUUGCAUUGCAUUUCAUCUUGUAAAGGAUUAAUUUGUCCAAACUAGUUUUCAUUUAAUAUGCCUUAAGCCUGUCUUGCAUGCUGACACAUUUCUUAGUAUAAUGGCAAUUUUGAGUAUAACACAUCUGCAGAAAGCAGAGUAAGUCACACAGUUCAUUGCAGAUUAUUAUCAAUCUCAUAUUCUCCUAAUUCAUAAUCACCUUCUCCAGUGGCCACAAAAGAACGGAGGUUGGCAACAAUGUCAGCAAUUUUCUUGAUCAUCUUAAUCUUGUAUUCAAGAUGUGUGUCUUCUAGUAGGUGCAUCAACUGGAAUGACAUUGAAUGAGAAAUUCGCAUGAAAAGAAGCCUUUUUUUUUUUUUCAUGUAAAGAUAAUACAGCAGUGAGAGAUUUCAUGAAAGUGAAUUUAUAGCUGUAUAAAUGGAGCCAAAAAAUGUAUUAGCUAAUGCAAAAGAUCAAGAUUGUAUUAAGAACAGAAUUUAUCCAGAUUAAGACAUGGAGUUUGCAAGAAGAGUGUUUAAAGCUGUAAGUUGCAAUGACAUAACAGUGUAAACAACUAUGACAGAACAAUAUGCACUACAAAGUACAAACAAAUUACAGAAGCAUUUUUCUAAUGUAGAUUUAACUCACAUGUGGAUCAUUGACUGGUCCAUCUUCAAUUUUCUUCAUGAUUUCAAGAAGUAAUGUAUGUGAUUCAUGCUCCAUAUCCAAGGCUGUUUCCAUGGCCACCAAACCCACUUUUUUGUCCUCUAGUCCAAGAUGAAGCUUCUCAACCACUUGUGGCCUGUGCUAUAAGUCAUGAACAAUUUCACAAAUGGUUUCACACAGUGUACUGUAUUCUUCAUUUUCAGUGACCGUCCUUGCCUCAAAUAAGUCACUAAUAAAUAUUACACUGGAAACAAGGA